AUGCCUGAGGAUCGCCCAAACCAUUGGGCGAUUCGCCAAUGGCCUCGGGCUCGCCCAACAUCAAAUGUGCCAAGUGCUGAAGGAGUGCAACUAUUUCUGCGUUGUGAGCUUGCUCGAGAGAGAAGUUCAGAACCAAAUUUUGGCUGCUUUGUGCACGUAUUGGCUGAACUACCUAGAAGUGACAUGAGUGAUGAAGAAAUGAAUGACAGUCAAGCAGGUCAUCGAGACGGCAUUGAUGACAUCAAUAGUGUCUACAACCCGGAUCAGUCGGGUGGAAGGGGCGCAAUUUGCAUCCUACAAACUUAUGGGAAUGCGAUUCUUGAUUCGGUUAAUAAAGGAGCAGCUGACCAGUUGGUACGAGGAGGAAUAAUGUUUCAAUCAUUUGAGGUGGCUUCAUUUCUUCUAGAUGACAUGACUAGAAUAAAUCAAGUGUGGUAUACCAAAGAAGAUCACAUCUCUCCAUUUCAGUUUAGAUUAACACAAGAACAAUUGGAUAAAGAGAAAGAGAGGGAUGAAAACAUCAAGAAAAUGUUGACCCAAAUGGAAGUUCUACAGGAGCAUAUGAAGGGAACAUGUGGAGUGUUCAGAGUUGAGGAGGGUUCAUUCUCAAGCUAUUCAAAUCCUAUGGAGAAUCAAGGUUGGAACUCCAAAACAUGUGAGGAGGGUUUCUACCCACGCUAUUGGCAGCGAGGUGGAAACCAAGGUUGGAACCAUCAUAAGGAAGUUGAGCAAAGGAGGUGCCAUCAAGAUUUGUCCGAACAAUAUGAGCACUGGAGAAGAGAGGAUGAAUAUGAAGAGAACCACACUCAUUCAAGUGAAAGCCCAAAAUCAAGGGGGAGUGCAAAUAGCCCUCGUGUUAAUGAUUUGCUUACACGCAUUCUUGACAAAGUUGAAGGCUUGGAUGAUUUAUUGAAAGGGAUGAAAGAUGACUUCUCAUCCUUGAACAAUAAAGUAAACUCACACGGAGAUGCAAUCAAAAUCCUUGAAGGUCAAAUGGGUUUACGUACAAUGCAAUUGAAACAAAGGAUGGAGGCAAAUGAUGAAGACAGAGGGCAAGCUUUUGUUACUCGGAGCAGAAAAGAAGUAAAAGGUGAUCUGAUGGGAAAUGAGGAAGUGCAUAUUCAAAAUGAAAGAAAAGAUAUGGAGGAUGAACAAAUAACCAUCCCACAAUACAACACAAUGGGGCCACAAAGUGAUGUAGAGAAACAAAAGUCAUGCCUAAAAGUCAAGCAACCUUUACCCAAAAUACCUAUUCCAUAUCAACAACGCCUUAAGAAGAAGAAUGAGGAUGAAAAAUUCAAGAAAUUUUUAUCGGUAUUCAAGACCUUAUCAAUUAAUCUCCCUCUAGUUGAAGCAUUGUUGGAAAUGCCCGGUUACGCCAAAUUCAUGAAGGAGUUAGUCACAAAAAAGGAGCUUGGAUUUUGA